UAAAAAGUAUAAACAAACAUCGGCCGUCUCACGGGCACCGCACGCAUUUCUUUUAGGAUACUUACCGUAGUAAUUUUGUCCCUCGUCCGAUGUAAGUGUGUACUUCGGCCUUAACAGUUUUCACUAUUUCUAAGUUUUCAAUCGUCUUAUAGUUUCGCGGCUCAUUGGUUUCCCCGGUUUUGUGUUUAUUGUUAUUAUUAUUAUUAUUAUUAUUAUUAUUAUUAUUAUUUAUUUAUUAAAUUUAUUUAUUAUUUAAUUAUUUUUUUUUCUGGUAUCGAUUUCUACUUAUUUUUUUCAUAACUGUCAAUGAUGUCAGACACGAGUAAUGCUAAUAAACUCGAAGAACUCGGCAAAAUGAAGGUUAAUGAUUUGAAGAAAGAAUUGAAAGCAAGAGGUUUGAGUACAGUUGGAAAUAAACAAGAACUCAUUGAUCGUAUGAUUAAUCAUUCAGAAUCCUCAGUUUUAGAUAUCGAGGAUACCGUGCUGGAUGAGCACAACAUUCUAGAUGAAGAUGAUGCUCUAGAGGAUGAUUUUGGCGAUUCGGACAUUGAUGAUUCAAAAGUUUUAGAAGAUAGUGCAGAGAAAGAAGAAAUCAAUGUUGGCAAUGGCAUUAUUCAUGAAGAAAAGGAAGUUCAACAGGUAAUUCAACCUAAAAAGGUAACAUUAAAACGUUCUUCUGUAACCGUGUUAAAUGGUGAAGAUAAUAAAGCUAAAGAAGAAGAGAAAGCUAAUGAAGAAAUUGAUGAAUCAAUUAAUAAAGACCGCAUUAUUAAGUUAGAUGAAGUUGAAACAAUGAGUCAAACUGAGAGAAUAAUAAUGAGAGCUAAAAAGUUUGGAAAUGAAGUGUCAGAGGACAAAAAAUUGGCUCGAUUAAUUAAAUUUGGUGCUGUUACUGAUCAAAAACCAAUAGCCAAUGCUGAUAAUGAUAAAUUGAAAAUGAGAGCCGAGAGAUUUGGUGAAACAGUUUCUAAAACUUUGCAUGAUAGUGAAAAAGAAGACAAACUUAAAGCUCGUGAACUUCGAUUUGGUUCUAUUGACAAAACAGUGUUUACUGCUAUUAAAAAGCGUAACAAUGGAAAUGUAGGAAAACAAAAAAAUACCCAAGGCGGUAAGAGAAAUUUCCCAUACAAAAAACGGUAUUAAUAACAUUUUUCUUUUGUGUAAUAUAUUAACAAAUAAAAUGUAUAUUUAAUUUUUUCUUAUAUUA